UUGGUAGUGUAGGAGGGCUUUAAAAAUGUGUGAUGUUUAAACUGACACUACUGUCAGUUGAAAUAUAAAAAAGUUACAGGCGGAUUCAAACAACGGUCGUCGCUGUGAAUUCACGCUAGAGCCCAAUCGCUUUUUGGCAAGUUUCCUUCGGCGCGCGCGUUACAUAAAACGAACGUCGCACUGCGCGCACCACAAAAAGGAUAAAAAUAGAUUUUCAGUGUGUGUUGCGCGCAUUCAGCGCCGACAUUUUUGUUUUCAAAUGACAUACAUACCGCAACGACGCUCGUAUUACGUAUUAGAAAUCUAAAGUGAAACUUACUGAAAUCGGUUAACUGUAAACAUUGUACUGAUUUUUUGUUUGCAUCUCGUCUCCUGAUUGACGUUCAGCGUGGAAUAUAGUAUUCAUUGUGGAUGUGAACGCGUUCGUGGUGGUUUACAGUUCCUAUGGAUUUGUUUGAGUGAAUAUUGUAGUGACAAGUGAAUAAUAAACUGUUAAAAUGGCUCAGCACGCGGAGCCGAUGGACAUAGACGACGAAGGUGAUUUUGAUAAUAAGGAAAACACAUAUCAACACAGCAAUGUGCUUCCAAAGACUCCUUGCACUGAGAAAGGAUAUGAAGAGCUUGAUGUGUCUGAGCUCAACAUGAAGCUGAGGUAUUCCAUCACUCCGGCAGCCUCACCUAUGUCCAAAAGUAUGUCACAUUGUUUAGACAACCAACAAAAUAACUUAACAGAUGAGUCUCUCAACAAUACAGUCAUAAAUGAUUAUGAACAUAAUUUAACUCGUUCUUUAAAUUCCACAUUGAACAAAACUGCAGUAACGAUGUCAAAAAUAUUACCUUUGCAAGCUUUGCCAACAGAUGUUGAUGGCAACAGGAAUUCUGUUCUUCGAUCUUUGGACCCUGAAUCUGGCAAUGACAUUACUAUAACUGUAAGUAAUGAAAAUGAAAUUGACAAUCUUUCAUUUCCAAGCUCAUCUUCCUCUAUGGCUCAAACUCCUGAAGCAACUACUCCAACAAAAGAAAUACCUAAGCAUGAUGGUGGUUCCCCGAUCAUGAGAGGGCUCAAGUCUGUGUUAAGUAUGUUCAGAUCCUCACAGAGCCCCAUACCACCUGAGGAAGAUGAUCCCAAGGCAACACAGCCUGUACUAAGCCCUGCUGAUGUACCACUUCCAGAAUCUAAGCCUAGAGCCAUUGCCUCAACCCCAAAGAGUGAGAACACUAAAGAAAAGAGUCUGUCCAGAAGAAACAGUCCACACAAAGAAAGCAUAGUAUUUAAUGAAGAUUUAGAAAAAGAAUUGCAAUGGAAUGAUGACUCAACUAUUGUGUUCAGCAAUGAGAAGAUCCCAAUACACAAGUUAUUUUUCCAAGAUAAGCCCUCCAAAUCAUCUAUCUUGAAUGAAAAUGUUCCACAAGAAGAUGCCAAUUCUUCUGUUGAAUACAUGGAUGUUUCAUACAACAAUUUGUCUAUUGAAGACAAAACUUUAAAUGGAACUGAAAACAAAAGCAUAGUAAAUGAAUUAGUGGAGUCAGAUGGAGAAUUUAUUGAUUGUGAAACUACAUUUACACAAAAUGAAGCUAACUUAAACACAGAAGUGAAUACAGCAAAAACCAAUGAUGGUCAACUUCCAAAUGCACCUGAAAAAGAAUUAGUGGAAAAUGUUGCAACAGUUGUGGAACCAUUUACAUUAGAUACAACUAAAGAUAUAAUUAACUCAAUAGAUGAUUUUCAUGUUAUUGUAGAAGGAGAUCUUGGAAAGCCACUAGAUUUUUCUACUACUGAUAUUGUUAAUCAAUUGUCUGGCCUUAUAAACGAAUCUGAAACAAGUGCAACAAAUGUAAUUUCUGUUGAAAAUAAAGACACUGUACUUUUAGAAAAACAUGAUUCUUCAAUUGUGAGUGAUGUGCAAAUCACAAAUAAAAAUUUAACAGAAUUGCCAGAAAACCAAGUAACACAUCCUGUCAACAUUGCUACAGAUUCCUCUUAUGUAGCUACAGACCAGGUAAGCACUGAAAAUAAGAAUUUAGUUCAUACAGCAGGUACUAUUUGUCAUACUAUGGUGCCUCAUUUAGUAUCUGUUGAACCUACAAAUGGUUUAGCCCCUGUUGAUGAUGAUAAUGUAACAACUCGUGGAGUUGCUUCUCCAAUGCCAUUUCCUGAUGAAACUGAAACCACAAAGACAUCAGAAGGAACAAGUGAAAAUGCUAUUAAUUACCCCUCGCCAGUUGACAUUCCUUUACCAAAUGAUGAUGAUAUUAAUGAUAAUUUAGAUGAAAAUAUAUGUAAUGAUUUGCAAGAUAAAGAUACGCUUAAUGCAAGCACGUCUCAAAAUGCGCUGAUGGCAGCCCUCGAUAAAUCAAUUGUCGAGGUAAACCCCGAUGUAGAACAUACGAAAGUUGAACCACAAAUUGAUGUUAUCACUUGUCCACCUAGUUUAUUACCUAGUGAUGUUCCACUACCAAAUAAAGAUAAAGAAGAUUUAGUAAAAACUACUAUUCUGCACGAAGCUAUUACUGUAGUUCUUGAUCCUGCACAUUCACCUGUUACUGAAAAUCCUGACACUUCAUAUACUGAUGUUAUUAAUAACGUAGUCAAUAUACCGAUCACUGACACAACUGUUGACAUUCCUGGUGUAGAAACUAAGACUGGAAGCUUAGAAGCUGAUAACCCGUGUCCGCCCAGCGUAUCUCCCACUGAUAUCCCACUACCUGGUGUGGAUGACGACCAUCCAAAUGAUACACAAGAUUUAGCACAACAAGUUAUAGCUAAUGUAGCUGAAUCGCUUCAAAUUGUUACUGAGAAACCUGACCAAGUUACAAUUGAAAACAGUAAAAGGAAAGUUGACACAAGUGCUGAAAUUGCUGUCGUCAUAUUAGCAGAUAUUGAUAAUGUGGAAAGUGAAAUAGUUGAUGUUGCUAUUGGGAACACAAUGCCGAAUUUAGGUAAAGCAGAAGAAGAACACAUGGAAAUAUCUUUUGUUGAAUGUAACAACGACAAACUUUCCGAAACUAUGAAUAUGGAUGUAAGUAUGGGUGAUGCAAUCAAAACGGUAGAAGACACUAAGGGCCUACCAGAAAAAAGUAAAAAAGACACUCAAUCAUUUAAUGUCAUCCCUGAGUUAUCUGAGACAGCUAAUGACAACAUUAAGUCUGCUAUAAACGAUAUUGUUAUUGCCGAAAAUCUAGCUCAGAAUCAAGAAAAUAAACAAAUAUCGGACAGUGUUCAACUAGAGACUGAAAAUAAAUUUGUAGAAAAUAUAAAUAAAGAAGUUAUUUCAGGCACCGUCACGGACAAAGAUUUGAUGGUAAAUGAAUCAAAAUCUGAAAGUUUUCCUUUACCUGAAACUGAAGUAUCCAAAUCCAAAGAUGUUUCAGUAACCAAGAUUGCGGUUGAUAAUAAUGUCCAAACAAUUGAAGGAUCAAAAAUACAUGAUAAAGCUCCAGUUAUUCCGGAUAUAGUUAGCAACUUGAAUACGACAAGUACGUUAUCGAUAGGUGCCACAGUACCUACAAAUCCUAAUGAAAAAGAAAUAUGCUAUGGCAAAGACAAUCUCGUUCAUCCACUUAAACCAGAGGGCUUUCAUACUACAAUUCAUUUAGAUUCUACUUACAGGGCAGAAAGUGGGAGUGGGAUACUGGGAUGUGAAAAAAAAAUAGAUGAAGAAAUAAUUUUAUCAGAAAGCAAUAGUCCAUUUGUAUCAAUGUCAGCUGAAGAGGAAUUUGAUCCUGAAUCGAAAAAGAAUGAUUUUGAAAAAAUUGAUCAUCCUUUUGCGACAGAAUCGAAAGUGAUCCAGUCACCGCCAAUAUCUCCUAAAAUUGUUUCUAAGGGAUAUAACUUUAACUUUGAUGACAUUGAUAAUAUCAAUCCUUUUGCUACAAAAACUAAAAUUAGAAUGUCACCACCACCUGGUGCUUCUCCAAAUAAUUCACUUACGACAGAUAAGCUUAACAAAACUGAAGUCUUAGGGCCUUCAAAGAGUGAAAAGGAUGUCAAUAGAAGAAAGUCAAUGCCAGAGAGAAAGAAGCCUUUAAAAGCAAAGAGGCAUUUAAAUUCUAGUGUUGAUACAGAAAAAGCUUCACCAAAAACAACUCCAUCUAAAAACGACGAUCUUAAAAGCCCUCCUAAAAUCCAAAUCAAACAAGAACAGCCACAGUUGAGCCAACCAGAACUAAACCAACAUGACAUCACCAUUGUUGCUCCUGUCAAGGAAGAGGCUAACAAUGAUAACAUUCAUGUCGCUAUACCAUCGGAAAUCAUUACCCACCAAGACAAAGUUGGAAGAGAACCUACACCCACUCCAAGUUUAGACAAUCCCAAAGAUGAAACCGUGAUAACAGAAGAUAAAAUAAAUUUAACGCAAAAUAAUGAAGCUACGGUAGUUGAAGAUGUUGUUAUGAGUGCCAGUGAUAAAUCUCCAGCAAAAACAGAUACGUGCUCGUCGGAGCAAUCUACAUAUUUCUCUGCGGGCGCUUCAUCUACUGAAUUGACGGAAUCGAAAAACGUAUUCAAUUUGCCUGAACUAGACAGUUCUAAUCCAUUCGUAACGAAAUCAAAAAUACGCCAAUCUCCGGAAACAUCAUUUGUUGUUACAGAGAAAGAUAGUAAUGAAUGUAAUGAUACUGUAACAAUGGGUAAUGAAGUAAAAUUAAAAGAAGCGAAUUGCAGUGGUUCGUCUACGACAAGUGACGAAAAAGAUGUCACUGUCCACGAGGUUCACACUGAAGAUGAAGAUACUCUAGAAGGACCCUUCCUCGAAGUUGAUGAUGGCAACGAAGGUGAAAACAAACCCGAGUUACCCGAUGAUAAAGUAGACGUCGUAGAUUUUGAUAAUAUUCAUCAGCAAGAUAACGAUGAUGCUGCAGAAAUGUUUAUAGACGCAGAGGCAUUUGAAUUUUUGAUGAAUAAAAACAAAACAGAUGAGGUCGCUUACAGUGGGAAAGAGAGCUUAUUCCUCAAGUUUGAUCCACUUUUUGCUAGCAGAGUUACUUCAGGAGGAGUGGCAGCUGUAUUAAGUGAUAUAAAAAGUAAACAGAUUACUCCAAAAAAAACCCCUAGACAGGCACCCCCCAAGGAAGUUAAACUGUUGUCAUUUGAGAAGCCUGUUGCUGGACCUUCAGAUUUGAAUGGUACAUAUGAAGCACAAAGUGUAGUUGAGGAAAGAUUCGAUGACAUGAACGUUACCGCGUCGAAGCCGAUGUUGGCCGUCACGCCAGCUGUUAACCCAGUUGUGACGCCAAGAAAAUCUUUGACGCCUAGUAGAUCAAACAGACUUUCCAUGACAUUUACUUCACCGGCCAUGGCAGUGAUUGAUAGGCUCCUGUCGUUAAGCGGCAACAGCCCGACAGCAGGCUUCGAUACGACAGUUACACAUGCUGACAGAUCACAUAGUGAGACAGACCAAGCUCUUACACAACUUAGAGAACUAUUAGCUGAAAAGGAAAUACAUGUGUACAACUUGAGAUGUGAAACUAAGGAACUAAAAGACAGAUUAUCAACUUUAGAAACUCAGAUGAAAACUUUAGAAGCAGAGAGUGCAGAGAGAUUAAAGAAAGUUAACAAAUUAAAUGAGAAUCUAGCUGAAAAGACUAAAAUGAACAGGAACAUGGCGGCAGUGGUAGAAGAGUACGAACGGACCAUCGCUAGUUUAAUAUCUGAAACUGAACAAGACAAGAAACGGUUCGCAGAGGAACGAAAUCAGCUUAUUAGAGAUAGGGACGAGCAGACAGCGCAUCUUGCCAGCAUGGAGGUCUCUUUCAAUGACCUCCACAGUAAAUACGAGAAGAGUAAACAAGUGAUAUUGGGUUACAAAACAAAUGAAGAAGCGUAUAUAAAGUCUAUACAAGAAUUUGAGGAGAAUCUCGCGAAAAUGCACACGAAUUAUGAGCUGCUGAAACAACAUGCGACUUCGAAACUUAAUCACGCGAACCAGGAAUUAGAGAAAAUUAAUAAAGCUCACGAGGGGGAAAUUUUGAAAUUCAACGCUAUGCUGAAGCGUAAAGAAGUGCAUAUCACUUCGCUAGAGGAGAGUCUCGCGCAGAAAACCAAAGCGAACGAGGAACUGACUGCCAUAUGCGAUGAACUCAUCAACAAAGUCGGUUGAACUAAUUUUAGUCGUACAUAAACAUUAAUGUUUUAUAGUUUUCCUGAUGUAUGAACAGAUUGAUAUCUCGGGGCUUGUUGCUUGUGUGCUUAUCGUGAGUAAGCACUGCCAAUGUGAGCUGGUCUUCUUGUUUCAAUGUGCCAAAUGAAAUGUACAUCAAACAAAUUUCCCUCCUGAUUUUAAGACUGCAAAUUGUGAUAAAAAUUCAAUUGGGUAUAAUCCGAUGUGUGACCAUUGUUUAUUUAUUAGUUCGCGUAUACGACGUAAAUAAAUAGUUCUUUUAAAUAACGGAAUCAUGUGCCUAACACGUUUUGUAUUAUGCUGGUAAUAAUGAAAAUGUGUUAUUGUGUCAAUUAAUUGAAUAUUCUUCCGUAUCAAUCAAUUUUCCUUAGAUAUUUUAUAUUGUGAAUAGUGUAUAUUUUUGCAUGAUUAGUUGUAUUUUUGUAAUUUUAAAAUAUUUAUGCCCAGAUAACAUAUUUUUGCGGCAGUAACUCGUAAAAUUCAUCUUGAUGCCUACUCAACAUAUUUUUAUAAAUUUGUACUGAUGAUACUGUUUUUACUGAUGAUAAUUUUUAUAGACAUUUUGAGUGUAAUAUUAGCGUUGUCGGAUCUCUCAUCAAAAGGAUUAUGUCUAGUAUAUUUUUAUAUAUCAAUACUUUUUAACAGUGUUUCGUUUCAUUCAUAUACCUAAUUUAGAAAUAUUUUUAGAAAGAAAAUUGUACAAGUUUGAGAUUUGAAAUGGUAUUUUAUCCGCACUUGGUUCAAUGUUACAAUAUGUUUUGUAUUAUAAUAGAUUAUUUUAGCUAUUAAAGUUCUCGACUUUUUUAAA